AUGUCCGGCUGUACGAACUUCUUCCGCAACAUAUUCUCGUUUGAUGGGAUUUUGAAAUCUAAUCGUGGGUUCUUCUCAUUUGAUUCUCUUCUGGUGGUGCAGAAAAAGGAACCAACGACGGAUGAAGGAAUGACGUCGGAAUCCGAUCCACAACCAGGAAUUGUAGAGGGAAACGCUGAUGGGUCAUCAACUUCAAGCAAAAUUGUGGUGGAAAAGGCUGAUGAUGGGUUAUCAAGCGAAAUUUCAAUUCACGUGGGCGAAGCAAUUGAUGGGCCAGCUACUAGGCAGAGUGUCAGUGCAGUGAAGCGGUUUCUCGCCUUCGUUCUUCAACCCUUUCCGCGUCCAGCUGCACCAGGUUUGAAGGAUUAG